CACUUGUACAGUUAGUUCUCCUUGAGUAUACAUUCCUCUCUAAUGAAUUUCUUUCUGGUACUUGUACUCAUGCUUAGAUUUCUAGAAUUCUUACUGAACUUGUUAAAAUCAUGGUAAAUUAAAUUUCUUAUAGAAAGUAAGCAAGAAUAAUUUUACAUUGAAAAGUACAAACAAACUGACAAGACGAAUCAAAGGAAUGAGUCAAUAGGCUCAACAGGUCGAGGAAGGAGAAAUUCACAAGAAACAGGCCAAAUUCCUGCACCAUCCAAAUCAUGAGCAGAAUUAACAGCAAGGAAAGUUAUUGAGAAAGGAUAUCAUACUGUUCAGAGUAAUAAACAAAAGUCGAGGAAUAUCCUUCAGGAAUCACUCUUGAAAACUAUGCGAGAUAAGCGAAAGCUUAAAAUUAUGGAAAAGAGUAGUCGGAACCGCGCAAAACCGACUAUUCCUCAUGGGAUGAAGAGGUCUUCACAAACUCAUCGUAAAAUGAACUAAGAAGAAGUUGGCAGAUACAAAGAUUAGUUUGAAUAAAUCUUUGACCAAACUGAGCAAAGAUAUUGAGCAUAAAUUGUCAAGAAAUCAGGCUCAAAAGAGGCUAGUCCAGUCAAAAACUAGCCAUAAUUACACUUUUAGAAAGGAAAAACAGUAUGCACGCAAGAGUUCCAGAAGGAACACUGGAAAAGUUAGUUUCGGUGACUGUCUUAAGAAUUACCAAAUGAGACUCAAGCCAAGGAAAACUUUCAAGAGAUGAGACAGAAAUCAGAACUUACAGAUUAUCUCUAAAGCUCUAAAUUUAGGUAAGGAGAGGAUAGAGCAAAGCCCAAUAGAUGAAGAUCCAAAAAGAGUCAAGGAAAAUUUUUGGCUUAAAAUUGACAAUUCUGAUAUCUUUGAAGAGCCUCACCAGAAUUUGAGCCCUCCAAAAAGAGUGAUGCAGAACUUCAAUUUUUUGGGAGGCAGACCUGAUUCUAGCCCUAUUGUAUCAGCGAGGAACCAUAUAUCGAAGGAGUUCUUACAGAAUACUUCUUUGAGACCAAGUAUAAGUCAAAAGAGAAUGCUCAGGACAAGCUCUAAAAAGUCUGUGAGAUGGAGUUCGACGUUUGAAAAUCCUAGUAUUGCCAAGCAUUCUCUUUUACAGUCAUCCCGGAAGCAGCAUCCUACAAGAAAUAGUUCCAGAUGUAUGAAGAAAUCAAGCAGUUUAGUGUCUUUUCCAAGCCCUUUUAAAUCAAUAAAUUGCCGAUCAAAUACCUCAAGUUAUCAAAAACUGCCUGGAAUCAAUAUCGUAGCCCAGUCAAGUCAUGAGGAGAGCCAAGAAGACCACCUAAAAGACCCCCAAGAAGAGCCCCAAAAAGCGUUCCAAGUCUCUCCUUCACCCUCCCAGACCCCUAACCACCCCUCUGCUCCAAAAUGGGACGACUUCACUCAAAGUUUCUCCCUCUUCGAAAUUCCAAAAUCCGACUAAACUCCCUCUCAUCCUCUUCAAAAAAAUUUCAUUCCAAACCCCCAUUU